GAUUCGGAAUUUUCAAAAUGGCGGACGAUCUAGCGGACCAGAUAGAGUAGGCUCUCAUUUUGAUUCGACAUGGAAAAUUUACAUGUUUCUAUUCUUCCCGAACGAGCUGGAAACUCNUACACGAUACUGCAGUGUAUGUCAGCAACUUGUGAGCCUUGUUGCAAGCUAAAGAGAGGCCAGUAUCACUGCCCAUUGUGCCCACUAACCUUCGCCAUUCCAUCUCGUUUGAAACAACAUUACAAUAAGGUUCACUGGGACCACAAAAUAACAGUCCAAGGAUAUAAUAUCCUCCGAUGUGGCAAAGAGUGUGUUAGAAUUGGACCAAGAAAAGGGACUGACGCGAUCAAAGGAGCCCACUACCACUGCUUUGGAUGCCCAAAUUUAUUYAAUCGAACAGAGCGUGCCACAAAGCACUAUGCAAUUCACCAAAAUUCAACCCAAUCACAGAUUACUCAGCCAUCAUCUUCUUCAGUCAAAUCAAAACCAUGUCAUACUUAUCAAGAUCAAGAAYCYUAUUCUCAACUUUCUGAUUUUCCAAAUUUUACUAAUGUCGAAUUAACCAAUAUUGCACCUAAUACUUCUYAUUCUUUAAAAGGUGCCAGUGUGGAUAAGGUUGCAUGCCAAUAUUGUGGCAAAAAGCUCCAUCCACACUCUCUCAAAUCCCAUAUAGACACCCAGCACUCUGAUGAAGCCAAACUGAUCAUCUCUCCCUAUCGCUACCACAAAGGUGUCUGUGUUGAUGCUCAUGAAGGUGUCUACUUCAUGCGCAGAAACUUAAGUGGACCAUCUUAUGCAGUCCAUGUGCAAUACUGUCCAAAUGGGAAUCCACCGAAAGUACUUUGUCAGCUGACAGAGUGUCAACAGGUGAUGGACACAGCAGCWAGAAGUGGUGAUAUGGGAUAUUUAUGCAAACACUUGCUGUCUGUAGCAUACAUACCAACUCAGUUACCUCUCAUCYGUCCCCUGAAUACCAAUAGYUUAGACCUUCUGAUCAAUACCAAGCUCCUUAAACAAAGCAGCAAAGUGGAAUGCUUAGAGUACCAGCUCAAGGCAAUUAAUGAAGGGGUUCCACUGAUUGUUCCUUUGCCUGUUGAAACUCUCAUUAACAGUCAACCAUCCAAACUAUGCUUCAGUGUUUGGGUVAACCAAAGAAAGCGUUGGUGGUCCUUCAACAACCGUGUGUCAGUGACCUUUGACUGUCAGGAGAGGAUCUGGCACUGUAAGCAUGUGAAAGGCAUACAAUCAUGCAUCCACAAAACUAUGGUCAAAUGGUACAUGGCUGAACAUAUGCCAGAGUUGUUGGGAUGUGCCCAUAGUUCUGUGGAUGAUGAAGAUAAUGAUGAUUGUGAUGAGAGAUCACUUGAUGAUGACGACCUGGUUGACGAUGAGACUCUUGACCCUGUAGCUCCUCAGUGCACACAGCUACAAGCCGUGUUACUGAGGCUCUUGAAAUAUAUUGUACAGCUAACUUUUUUUCAUACAGUGAGUAACCUUGAUGUGCCUGAAGAUGGUUGUGAUCAGGUUGACAGUGAUGCCUUCUGGGAAAAUGUAGGAUUUGCUCUUGUAGUAAGAGGCUUCUUUCACACAGGUCAGUCAGAUAUUAACAACCCUUUUGAUUCUGCUGUUAUGCCCAACUACAAGUUCUGGUCACCAUGGGUGGGAAAGAAUUCACGAGCUAGCAAUUUUCUUUACAACACUGAAUACAAAAAGUGYUUCCAUCAAAAGAAUAUUGCUGAAAAAGGAACAUCUCUAAUUUCAUUAGAUGAAGUUAUGGAUAUACUUGAUGAGGGUUCU